AUGUCCAUCACAGCUGGAAUGCAAGCGCCAGUAAAUGGUCUCCCUCGACGACCGACCGAGGUCAACGAGGCCCUAGAGUACGAGAAGAUUCUCAGCAUCUACCAUCAGGUAAUAGCAGGAAACCACCCAAGAUUGAAACCAUCUGGACCUGUGAAUGCGCAGCCUCGAGCAAGUCUAGCUCAAUGUUCCUCCCAGGCUCCUUCCACAGCGCCGGCUCCCCUAGUGUCGGCAUCAGCACUGCCGACUCCAUUAGCAGGACUGCGAUCUAGCAACAUUGUAAAAGAACUGCCGCCAAAGCCAGCAAGCUUGAGUGGACCGUCUCUUUCCUCUCAACCAAUCCUUUCCAAACCCCCAGCAUCAGAGUUAGAUCCAAUAUUUUUGACGAAAUCAGAUGACCUAGUUAAGGCAGAGAUACAGCUACAACGUCAGCGAGUGGAACGCACCUUGCGCGAGCAAGUGGAACAGAAAAGGGUCGAUGCAAGACACAAGCCAUCCUUUGCAGAAGCUAAACCCGACUUUGAUGUGGCUGAUGUACUAACCAAAGCAUUGACGCGUGUCAAACCUGUUGUAUUCGAUUCACCUCAUGGUGUCAACGAAAAUGACUCGGCCAGCGACUCUUUUGAUGAAAAUUCCUUCUAUUCUAGCAAGGCACCCGAUUCCAACCCUUGUGACGGGAAUGAUUCCCAGAAAUCUUCUGUCUCCAAGCAUCAGGUGCAGCCCGCCGAAAGUGACGAGCUUGAUGCUGACGGGCUUGUAGAUCGUCGUUCUGAUGAAAUGCAACAGGUCGACCUCACAGAUUCGCCGUACCGGGUCAUUCCCCGGCCUGAUUUUCCGGCCGCUCCCAAUCUCCUUUAUCGCCACGACUUGGGGCGCGAGAGAGAUGAAGUUCCUCCCUUACCCCGAAGAGCACUAGAUGAAGAUGAAGAUGAGCCUGAGUACUCUCCACCGGAGCCGACGCAGGCCGCACAUUUAAAAGACGGCAGAACCGCCAAUUCAGGAGAACCAUACCCAGAGCGCGCCCGACGCGUCAGUGGGAGGCACAGGAACCAAUACCAGAACGCUAGAAGAUACGGAUCACCUAUGGACACGGAUGUCAGGAUUGUAAGAAGCCAUAUCACUUCCCCAAUUGCCCCUCAACCAUCACGUGUGUCUCCACUUGCGGUUGCUAAAGGUCCUCCGAUAUCGCAGAACCGGCGCCAUCGUCAAGAGUUCGGUCAACAACGACAUGUUGGGGAGGUCGAUUCUGAGCGAAUAAGUCCUGACAUGACAAUCUCUACGGUCCAGCCGAGAAAGAAAAGAAAGGUGCAGGAUGGCAGAAGAGGAGGUCGAAGGCGCGCCAUUGGUUCACCAGAUGCUAUCAUCAAAGACGAACCCGUCUCUCCUCCUCCAUUUCACGAUGUGCCGCCACUGGGUGCGGCGAGAAAUCGUCCAUCAGGUGGAAGACCGAUCUACAUAGAUGCCGAACCACCGCCAGAUAUUCGUUAUGUCCCCGAACGACAACAUGAGCCACCUACUCCGCAGGUAGUCUAUGAUAUUGAAAGUCAAGCGCCUCAUAGUGCACCUCGUGUCCUCUCAAGGGCUGGACUGAAAGACGUUCCUGGAGUCAACCAGGAUCUCAGGCGAGUAGUGAGUGUCCACAAUAUAUCACAGCGAGAAUAUGCAGACUCUUCUUACCAGACUUCUACGCGGCUCCCACAAAUUCCAUCCUAUGCCGGUGGCGAAGGUGCUGGCCGGCCCCACGAAGGUCGACCAGUCGAAGCACAGCCGCGCUUAUACGAGAGGCCGCAAAUCGUAGAAGAGGCACCGCUGCUGUCACCCAUUUAUCGUAAUGCAGAACCAACCCAGCGACUUGCAUUACAACCGAUGGGCCCACCACCUCAACGGCGUAUUGUUGUUGACGAGUAUGGGCAGCGUUUCUAUGAGACUGUUCAGCCGACGCAAGCUUCGGUCGUGCCGCCCUCUGCCAGACGGGUAGAUGUAGAGAGCUAUAACGAGAUGGCUGCCACUCGAAAUAGUAUGACCCGCGCUGCAUCAGUUUUGGCAGAACCCUACCGCGAAACGAGAUAUGUUCAGCAGGAAAUGCCGCCGCCACAGAUGGUCUACCGGCGCGUUAACGAAGCACCACGACCAGCCACAUCGGAUCUCCGGUACGUCACAGGGCUUCCGCGCCAAUCUGAUAUUCGCUACAUAACACGCGAGCCCAUCGAAGCCACGCCUAUUCCGCGAAGUGGAAGCGUGCAGAUGUAUGAUUAUCCCGUGCGGCAGUCGGCCUAUCUCGACGAUAGUGUGGCACCAAGAGAGCCGCUUGUGCGCGUGUCAAGCGUUCGACCUGCAGCUCGCGCAUACGAGGAACCACGGGAAAUGUUCGAGCGGGUCCAAAGUGUAAGGCCGGAAACUCGCGAGAUGGACGUCUUCCCCGAAGAGCGCGCUCCACCCAGAAGAGAAGUGAUGCAGUUGGAAGGACCUCGCUAUGAGGUUAGACGGACUGCUGAAGGAGAACGGUACUAUCGGAUAGACGAUGCUGGAAGGAUGAUGUUGGAUGGAGCGGUCGAGGCAAGGCCAACGUACGCUCCAAGGUAUUGA